AUGACGCUUGCCGAGGAGUUCCGUUCGCGAAAUUUCAGUAUUUACGGACAAUGGACCGGUGUUCUGGGUAUGAUCCUUUGCCUGGCGCUUGGAAUUGCCAACAUCUUCACUGUUCAUGUCAUUCGGAUCAUCUUUUCCGUCCUUGCCCUUGCCUCGACCUUCGUCAUCCUCUUCAUUGAAGUUCCUUGGCUCCUUCGCAUUUGCCCUACGUCCUCCACAUUCGAUGCCUUCAUCCGCCGCUUUACCACAAACUGGAUGCGAGCUGCCAUGUACACCGUCCUCAGCGCCAUCCAGUGGGCCAGUCUCUGCACGGGCGCUUCCAGUUUGAUCGCAGUGGCCGUCGUCCUCGUUAUCGCCGCACUCUUUUACGCCUUCGCUGGACUGAAGAACCAAGAGUUUGUUGGCAGCAAGACACUGGGUGGCCAGGGUGUUGUACAGAUGAUCGUUUAA